CAUUAAUUAGUUCCAUUUACAGUAGGAAGGCGUGGUCUUCAGUUAGAGCUACACAAUUUCAGUUUUCAGUGCAGUCUAGUACAGUAUCUGUACAGUAUAGUAUAGUAUAGUGGCUAGUAGACGUCUCUAGCAUAAUGUUUUCCUCCAAACCAAAGUUAGAAGACACCCUCUUCACACUCAAGUUCACAACCAAGCAGAUGGAAAGAGCCUCUAGGAAGUGUGAGAAAGAAGAGAGAGCCCAGAAAGCUAAGGUGACCAAGGCUCUGAAGCAGGGCAACACAGAGGGAGCUCGGAUAUACGCUGAGAACGCAAUACGGAAGAAGAAUGAAGGUCUCAACUAUUUGAGAAUGGCUGCCAGGAUUGACGCAGUGUCCAGUAGAGUACAGACUGCCAUGAUGACCAAGGAGAUAUCCAAACAGAUGGGAGGUGUGGUGAAGGGACUGGACAAGGUGGUGGCCUCUAUGGACCUAGAGAAGAUUUCUUCGACAAUGGCAAAGUUUGAGGGUCUGUUUGAGGACCUGGACACGCACACUCAAGUGAUGGACUCUGCUAUGAGCACAGCCACCACUCUGUCCACUCCACAGGACCAAGUAGAGGCUCUCAUGACCAGGGUGGCGGAAGAGAAUGGUUUGGAGGUGAUCCAACAGCUGUCCGACAAUCCUGUUGCCACGGGAACCCCUCAGACGGGGGAGGGGGCUACACUGACUACAGACCAGGAAGAUCAACUAUCACGAAGAUUGGCAGCACUAAGACAGCCCAACUAACAACCCCGCAGCAGAUGACAUGAACUCUGACCUCAUGAACUGUUCUAGUGUACUUCGUGUUGUACACAUUAAUUAAUUGUUGCAUUAAUUAUUUUUAAACAAAUUCAAUAAAGUUAUUGUAUAGUA